UUUUCCGUAAUAUUUCCAUGUGGCUCUAGUGCUUUUGACUGUUGUGAAAAUGCCACGUUCCUUUUUGGUUAAACAGCUGAAAGUCCAUGACUUCGCUACCUCCGGUCAUCAUCAUCCUCACCACCAUCACUCGACUGGAUCUUAUUCUGUGACACGUGCCAUCACCGAGUCUGCAACCAACUUGGCGGUCCGUUUAAGUGAAAAUGGAUACAUCCAGGAUUACCUCAUUCCCUCGGUGUGCCAGAACACAAAGGAGGCAGGGUUGCCGAGAGGGGUCCCCAAAGUCCUCUCCUCAGGACCCCUGUACUCCCCGAGGAACGCAGGGGGGGGGAGCGGGGGGGAAGACUUCUCCGACCACGACAUGGAGCAUCCCGACAGCCCCCGCUCCAGCGCUGCCGAGUCGGACAGCAGCAGCUGUCUGGAGUCCGAGAGCUCCGAGGGCUUUUCCCCCGCCUUCCUCAUCUCCGAUGGACGCUCCCGGAGAGCGACCACUCAGAGGUGCCCCCGCAAGGGAAGCAACCCUGACAGCAGCGACGAAGUGACCUCUACAGAGUCAACACCAACCAAGGGCAAGUCAAAGGGGCCAGGAAGUUACACGUGCGGCGAGUGCGGCAAAACCUAUGCCACCUCCUCCAACCUGAGUCGCCACAAGCAGACGCACCGCAGUCUGGACAGCCAGCAGGCCAGGAAGUGCCCCACCUGUCAUAAGGCGUACGUAUCCAUGCCUGCACUCGCCAUGCACAUGCUCACUCACGACUUGCGCCACGAGUGCAACGUAUGCGGCAAGGCAUUCAGCCGACCCUGGCUCCUUCAGGGUCACAUGAGGUCACACACGGGGGAGAAGCCCUUUGCCUGCGCCCACUGUGGCAAAGCUUUCGCCGACCGAUCCAACCUCCGCGCCCAUAUGCAGACACACUCUGCCUUCAAGCACUACACCUGCAAACGGUGUGACAAGAGCUUCGCGCUGAAGUCUUACCUGAACAAGCACUAUGAGUCCGCCUGUUUCAAAGGGUCUGGGGACGAGGAUGACUGCGGCUCCGAAGACUGA